GUUCGAUAACAGUUGACUGGUAACACUUGGUGUUAAUUGUAAAAAAAAACAACUAGCUCUGCUUAUGAAAAUCUGUCGUGUGAAUGUUGUAAAUUAUAUUAUUUCAAAACAGACCUCUGGCCUCAGCCAUUGGAUCAAAAUUGUACUGGUGGUUAAGAAAUUAUUUAUAUGUUGCUGCAGUUGAUAUUAGCGCCGGUAUGGCAACCAAUGAAGGAUCAAUUGAGCCUAUUUCGGGCGCUAGCAACGGGUGGCCGGAUACCGGGUACCAAUCUGGUACUGAUGCCGGUACCAGGCGGUAGGUGCCGCUUUGGCCUUAUGGAACACAUUAUGAUGGCCCUCGCUGGCGCCUGGUUGCUGUUCCGUGUCAUCUGCUGUGAGCUGGCUAUCGAGGAUAGGCAGCCAGUGAAGCGGCAGUGUAAGGACGCCUGCAUUGUGCGGCAAACGGAAGCGAAGACCACAACGUGCUCAACUGAAGCCAACCAGGUGGUGCAGCAACAAAAGGAGCCACUGCUGGAGACAGACGCAUUGCCUGAGACGGAGGAAAUGUUCUAUUGGGGAUGCCAGCGGUUGCGCAGACAUAAACCGAUACUCCGAUUUACGCGCACUCAACUGGAUAAAUUGCUGCGCUUGGAGCGGAAUGCUGAUGACUACGAUGAUGAUGAUGAUGAGAAUGAUGAUGAUGAAGUAGAUGGAGAUGGAAAUGAUGAUGAUGAUGAUGAUGACGAUGGAGAGAAUUUAAAUAGUGAAGUCAAUAGCACAGUUUAUCCGUCAGCGUCCGUCGAAGAUUUCGAGGCGCAUUGCAAUUCCACAAUAAAUCCAGCCGCAGCCACAGCAGAAGAGAAAUAAGUAGAAUUUGGAAGAGAGUAAGAUGCCAGUUGUCUGCAUAUGUGAGUGUGUCUGUGCCUCUAUGUGUGUGUCUGUGUGUGUGUAUAUGUGUGUCUGUGUCUCAAUAUUGUUGAGCGCGGGUGAGGCUUUAAGUGGAGGUGUGUGGGGGUAAGGGCAAACCAAAUAAUAAUGUUAAGCGCAGCGCGUUCACAUUGCUGCCCCACAAUAGGAGAACGAACUCGGCACACGCUCACACAUACACAUACACACAUACACAUGCAUGCAAACAAACACAAACAAACACACACACACACACACACGCCACACAGUACACAAACCAAACGAAACGGCACAAAAUUUUCUCGCUGUGCACAAUUUUUGAAAACGGACAACGUUUUAAAAAUAAAUUUUAUAAUUCAUAUGCUUUUAUUGAAUCAUAAAAUAACAAUUAAACGACUAAAAAAUGCA